AUGGCAGCUGCGGAGGGGCUAGAGCCAAAAAAAGCGGGAGCUAUGGAGUUGGCCGCGGAGGACCAGUCACCCGGAGAAUUGAUUAAUGCAUCCGGACAUCGUCAGGAACUCGACCGGAACUUCAGUUUGUUAAGUAUUUGUGCCGUGGCUGUUACGACUGGAAACACAUGGAUCGCUCAAGGAGGCAGUGUGGUCACUGCUCUGAGUAAUGGAGGGCCAUCGGGUGUUAUUUAUGAAUUCAUUGCCGUGUCGGUCUGCUACUGGUUAGUGGCGGCCUCCAUCGCGGAACUAGCAUCGGGAAUGCCUUCAUCUAGUGGUGUGUACCACUGGGCCUCUAUCACGGCAGGAAAGUAUGGCCGUGCGUGCGGGUUUUUCGCUGGCUUUUGGAACUGUCUGGCCUGGAUACUUGGUGCUGCUUCGAUGUCUGCUAUUUUGGGACAGCAGACUGUUUCGAUGUACGCCCUGAUGCAUCCCGGAUUUGUGCCCCAGUCGUGGCACAUAUUCGUCAGCUUUAUUAUCUGCACAUGGCUUUGCUGCUCCAUCGUCCUUUUCAUGAACCGGAUGCUCCCCCAUAUCGGCAACCUUGGAAUGUUCUUCAUCCUGGCGGGUGUGUUUAUCACAAUCAUUGUGUGUGCUGUCAUGCCCCAUGUGAAUGGUACUGGCUACGCAUCAAAUUCGGACGUAUGGCGUACAUGGCAAAAUGGCACCGGAUAUUCUAGCGAGGGCUUUGUCUUCGUUGCGGGAAUGCUCAAUGGUGCUUACAGUGUGGGUACGCCCGACUGUUCGACCCAUCUUGCAGAGGAGAUCCCCAGACCGAGUCGGAACAUCCCCAAAGCAGUCCUCGCCCAAAUGACAGUCGGCUUUAUUACCGGCAUCCUCUACAUGAUAGCAGUGUUCUAUUCGAUUACUGAUCUAGAUGCAGUUAUCUCAAGCGUCUACGGUUUCCCUCUAGCCGAAAUCUACUAUCAGGCGACGGGGUCUAGGGGUGGAGCCCUUGGUUUACUCAUUGUGGCUUUUCUCCCAACUGUUAUUACAUGCGCCGGCUGCUAUAUCACUGCUGGUCGUACUCUGUGGACCAUUUCCCGCGACAAAGCGACUCCAUUCUCCGGCUGGCUUGCGCGCAUCAACACCCGUAUGCACAACCCUUUCAAUGCUACUCUAGUUUGUGGUGUGAUUGUCACGAUCCUCGCCUGUAUCUAUGUCGGCUCCACCACCGCCUUCAACGCUUUCGUCGGCUGCUUCGUGCAAUUGUCUAGUCUUUCCUACUGCGCCGCUAUCCUCCCACAUCUUCUGACUCAUCGUUCUACAUUCACCCCAGGCCAUUUCUGGAUGGGGCGCAUUGGUUAUCUCAUUAACGCCUUGUCCUGCAUCUACAUUCUCGCCUUUGUCGUGAUCUUCUGCUUCCCGUAUGCUUUGCCCACCGACGCAGCUUCGAUGAAUUACGCUAGCCUGCUGACCGGAGGAUUGACAAUUUUUGUGACUAUCUGGUGGCUCUUCCGGAUGAAAUCCUAUGAAGGGCCGAAGUUCAUCCCUCUGACGGACAAGGUGCUGAUGGAUGACGCUAAAUAA